AUGAUCUUGAAUUCGUCUCACUACCCGGUAGCCCUGCUUGCAGGCGCCGUGGUUUUCCUCCUCUAUACAGUGACCGCCCUCCAGCGGAAAUACCACCAAUAUCGCAUGGCCCGCGCGAACAACUGUCAACCGGUCCGUUGUCAAGUCAACAAAGACCCAUUCCUGGGACUCGACAGCAUUCGCAACAACCUGGAUGCCGCCAAGAAACACGUCAUCCUCGAACGCUCGCGGUCUCGCUUCCAAGAGUUUGGUAACACCUUUCGCGCCAGACGUCUGCGGACCCCCAUCAUCGUCACGUGUGAACCCCAGAACAUCAAAACGGUUUUGUCCCUCAAAUUCAAGGACUACGGACUCGGCAAUCGGAUCCACGCAUUCGGUCCCUUGCUCGGCCAUGGCAUCUUCACGACGGACGGCGACCACUGGGCCCAGUCGCGCGCGAUGAUCCGUCCGAACUUCGUCAAGGAUCAAGUCGCGCAUUUGGAUAUCUUCGAGGAGCUCAUGGCCGAUCUGCUCACUUUGAUCCCGACCGACGGCACCACAGUCGACCUGCAGGACUUGUUCUUCUGUUACACGAUCGAUUCGGCUACGGAAUUCCUAUUCGGCCACAGCGUCCAGUCCCUCAAGAAACGCAUCUCGGGUGUGCAACUGGACGAGAACGAUUUCGCCAGUUCAUUCAAUUAUGCACAGGAUGCAAUUGCCAAGAAUACACGUUUGGGCCCCCUGCGACACUUCUUCCGAGACUCCAAAGCGGAACACUGCAAUCAGGUGUGCCACGAGUUGGUCGAACAGUUUGUGGAAAAGGCGUUGAAGUACCGUGCCAAUUACGACGAGGAAAAAGCCGCAGCCGAUGAUGACAAGAAGCAGCGGUAUCUGUUUCUGCAAGGGUUGGCGCACCAAACCGGCGAUCGUAAGCGCAUCCGGGACGAGUUGAUGAAUGUGCUUCUCGCAGGUCGGGAUACUACGGCAUCGCUGUUGAGCAACAUGUUUUUCAUGCUGGCGAAGCACCCCCACGUCUGGAACAAGCUGCGCGAGGAGGUCGCCUCCUUGGAAGGUCGCGCCCCGACGUAUGAACAAUUGCGCAAUCUGACGUAUCUUAAAUACUGCAUGAACGAAUCCCUACGUCUCCACCCCGUCGUCCCCUCCAACGCCCGCUUUGCUGUCAACGAUACGGUCCUUCCUGUUGGCGGCGGCCCGGACGGCACAGCGCCCGUGUUCGUCCCCAAGGGCUCCAUCGUUGCCUACAGCGUGUACUCUAUGCACCGCCGCGAAGACUUCUAUGGCCCCGAUGCGAACGAGUACCGCCCCGAGCGCUGGGCCGAUCUGCGACCGUCAUGGGAGUACCUGCCCUUCAACGGCGGGCCCCGUAUCUGCGUCGGCCAACAGUAUGCACUGACUGAGGCCGGCUACGUCACCGUGCGUCUUGCGCAGCAGUUCUCUGUUCUCGAAAGUCGCGAUCCGGGCCCCAUGCCCACUGCCAACUCAAACUCCAUGACAGAGAACUAA